GAGAGAUGGCAGCACCCGUAACGAAAACAAUCUCUAUGCGAAAGCAGCAUUGCGCGCCACGGCUAUUGCGCGCGAAAUAAGCAGAAGACCCUAGAGUGAUAAGGGCAGGAUGGGCAAAACACGAGACGUCACACCCAGGACACCCAGACUAGGGGACUGCAAUGAGACAAUGGUUGACAGAAGCCAUGAAACGAAGAACGACAGUGGUGAUGAAAAUAACAAAUUAGUAAUUACGCCGGUUAAAAAAAAGCGUACUCCUAAGCAACAUCCUUUUUCUGGGACAAAAGCGGGCCGCAAGAAGAAGGGAAAAGACCCAAAUAGCAGCCCUGAGGAAGGCCCAACGUUACCCCCGCCUACUACGAGCGAAACAGAUGGGCCUAAACGCACGGGUGGUGCUUCAAGCUUAGCAAAUUCGCCUUUAGCGAAAGCGUUUGCACGAACACCAAAGAGAGACACAAACUCUGGGGCUCCGGAUGUAGCUAGACAUGGCGUCCAACAUUCGAACUGUGUUGCACAGUGUCCCAGCAUGCCACAGGGUGGCGUAGUACAAACACCGGAAACGAAUGGUGGACCUGUGGCAUCAAGUUCUUCACACGACUCAACUGGCAUGGAGUCUCAAAGGUGCCAGAGCAAUUCAUUCACUCAAAUUGCCAAAGACAGUAGGAAGAAACAAGGAACGUCAUCAGGUACAACAACUAUAAGGAACGCAUUCACUAAGUCAGUUAGCAGACAGACACCAUCCUGUAGAAAACGGAACAUGGGUGAUGUACCGAACAACGACGACGAACAGGUUGUCCAUAAGACACCAUCUAAGCGAACGCGAAAAGAUUCCAGCAGUCACAGUGUCAAUUCCGAAAAAGAAGCAGCCGAUAUUACAUGGUGCAAAGCGUGCCGAAAGCGUCUGAACCCUCCUGAAGUCAUCGACUUUUCGGGCGACCAUGCAGGUGCCGUGGAAGAGUUCGUUGCUUUGGUGGAUCCCAAGCUCACGUCAUCCCUGUGCAACCAGGACGACCUAACGGAACAACCGCAGUUCAAGAUAACCAGCUUCACAUUUUACGACGAGUUUCAACAUGUCUGCCCGUUCGACGGUGGACUCAUCGAAAGCGACAUUCCUCUGUUCAUGAGUGGAUACAUGAAAAGUAUCUGCGCUGAAGAUCCUGGUGAAGACGAUGGUGUGCCUGUCACGAAGGUUGGACCGAUUGUGUCCUGGUGGACAACAGGGUACGAUGGCGGGGAAAACGUUGUGUUGGGUGUGACAACGGCCUUCGCGGAGUAUGUAUUAAUGCAGCCCAGCACCCAGUACAAGCCUUACAUUGACAACAUGCAGGAGAAAAUAUAUCUUGUGAAAGUCAUAAUGGAGUUAUUGAUCGACGAUGACGAACUCGCAUUCGAAGACCUGCUGAGUAAAGUGGAAGAGGCGACGGGUUUGCCAGCGACGGUGGGCCCGUUCUCAGAGGAGACUGUACAUAAGCAUGCUCAGUUCCUCGUCGAUCAUAUCCAAGCCUACGAUGCAGCUGGUAGCACACACGACUACCCACUUCUCGGAAGUUCUUUUGUGCAGUCCUUAAUGCGGAUAACUGGAUCCGUGGUAAGAGAGAAUGCAUGGAAUCCGAAACAAACUGUCCCUGUUCGCAAAGGGGGCCGAAAAGUUAAAGACAGUACAAUGGUCGUACAGACCUUCCUGUCGCCUAUUGUAGAAGAAACCAUAACGAACCUCUUCGCGGGCAAAGAUGUCAUUUUGGACGGGGGUUCGAAGCGUAAGAACCGUUGUGGCCGAUGCGAAGCCUGUCUUGCGUCCGACUGUAUGGAGUGCGUCUUCUGCAGGAACAUGAAGAAGUACGGCGGCUCAGGUACAUUUAAGCAAUGCUGCAUCCGCCGUCGCUGUGGCGACAGACACGUCAAGGGCAGCCAGGAACACAACGACGUCGAGGAAGACGCGAUGGAUGCUGAACUCGCGAUACUGCGUUCGAGGCCGUUUUUGAAACGACGCUACAUCACGACGAACCCUGUGGAACAUCAUUGGUUGAGGAGGUCCUCGCGGAGGGUCGGCAACAGGUUUUUCUAUGGCUGCGUGCGAAUAGUGAACAAGAUCGGGGAUGGAACGGCGGAUUUCACCGUUAAGGUUGGCGAUGAUGUUCAGGUGUGGUCCGUCCUACCAGACACGAUCGUUUACGUCGGAAGAGUGAUCGCUCUGUACGAAACGGAAGACGCAAAGGCUUUCGCGCACAUCGUGUGGUUCAGACGCUACAGCGAGACGCUCUUCGGUAGCCAGUUCAAAGGGGUUUUUGAAAGACAGGUGUUUCUGACAAAGGAAUGUGAUGAUGUCCCGCUGGUGUCGAUAGAGUCAACGUGUAAGGUGCAGUUUGUGGGGGAAGUGACACACGACGUGGGAAUCAGGGAAGACUACAAGUGUGUGGGCCAGUGCGAUGUGGACCACUGCACUUUUCUGGGUUGUGAAGUGAAACUGGUCGAAGCGCUCAAGAAGGCAGGUAUAACUUGCGCUUGCUGUAGUUUUCCGUACAGUGCACAAGACGUGACAGUAGAGGAUGAUGCUCCCUACGCACCAGGUGACUACGUCCUGAUAAAACCGAAUGGAUUUCCACAAAGAGUGAAAGACGGGGAUAAAAACAUGGCCGAACGUCAAGUUAGUAUUGAUGUGGCGUACCCAGAGCGGUAUCGAAAGCAGCUACAGCCUCCCACCGUUCAUGAUAGUCGUCUUCCAGAACCUUACAUUGUCGGCGCUGUUAUUGACCUCCACCGUACCUUUGACCUAAAGGCCUCUUUCAAAGUGCGAAGGUUCUAUAGACCGGAAGACUUGCCGUCUUCAGGGCAAGACGUGUGCGACGUUCAUCAACUGUAUCAGAGCAAUGAUACAUGCGAGGUAAACCUCGAAGACGUCGUUGCAAAGUGUGAUGUCGUUUACAGCGCAUCUGGUGUCCACGGAACAUGUUUCGACCCAUCAAAACCCCCGUUCUAUUUCAACAAGUUGUACGACAGCGGUACCGGAAUCAUCGACGAGGUACCGCCUGGUGGACAGAUAUCGAAACACGAGUACGGGCUUCAAAUGGAGGAGGUGCGUUCUUCAGAGCCACUCAGAGCAGUUGAUGUCUACUGUGGUACGGGGAGUUUAAUGCGUGGUCUAGGGGACAGCGGUGUUGCGGAGCCGGUGUUAGCUGUAAGUAACAGCACGAUUCACCAGGCCACCUACCAUAAAAACUUUCCAGAUUGCCAUGUUCCCCGACAGGACCCAAAAGCGGUAUUGAAACGCAUUUGCGUCACGGACUCUGGCCUAUUUGCGGGACAAGUUGCAACGGAUAACAUCGGUCUCAUCUGUGGCUCACCUUCCUUCGAGUCACUCAAGACGUUCCGACCUCUGAGCGCUAGCGACGUGACGCAUUUCAGGGAAUCUCAGGUGGCGACGUUUCUCAGUUACUGUUCAUACUUGAACCCGCGGUUUGUGAUCCUGGCAGCAGAGCGGUCCCUAGUGAGGUACAGCAGCGGCGCGGUGCUGGUCUUCGUUCUCAAGUGUCUCUUCGAUCUCGGGUACCAGGUGUCCUGCGGGGUACUGCAGGACGGAUGCUACGGUGUGCCACAGCGCUUCCGACGUUUGUUUAUUUUCGGAUCUGCCAGUUGUUCUCGCCUUCCGUCAUUUCCGGAGCCGACACACGCGUUCGAGGUAUCUGACGAUCGGCUCGCCAUCGCAGUGGACGGGAGGCGCUACUCCACUGCUCUGACUCGAGCGACCCCGUCGGCGCCCUACCGUCGCAUGACCCUGAGGGACGCCAUCUCAGACUUACCGUUACUAACCAACAAGACUCGUCCUCAGAGGGGCUCAAACACUGAGUUUGCGCGCCGGUUCAAACGUCCCACGUUAAGCAACCAUCAGUGCAAGGAAAUGAAACCGUUAGAACAAGCUCGUAUCGACAACGUCCCUUUCAGUCCUGGUGCAGACUGGAGAGACCUGCCCAACAAGUCGGUUCGUCUCUCAGACAAUACACUCGCGCACGCCUUGGUUUAUACGCACCGCGAUCCAGAUACAGGGACGCUGCGCGGUGUCUGCGCAUGCGUGAACGGCGAUACUAAGAAGUGCGACCCCAUGUUUAGGCAGGAACAGACACUGAUUCCCUGGACGCUGGUGCAUACUGCAGACCGGCAGAAUCACUGGGUUGGCUUGUACGGACGGCUGCAGUGGGACGGAUACUUGCACACUGUCGUGGCAAACCCCGAGCCCAUGAGCAAAAGGGGUCCGGUGCUCCAUCCGGAAGAAAACAGAGUAUUGACUGUUAGGGAGUGCGCCAGGAUUCAGGGUUAUCCCGAUGACUUCGUCUUUGAAGGAAGCAUUUUGGAACAGUAUCAGCAGGUGGCGUCGUGUGUGCCGCCUUUGGUGGCGCAGGCCAUUGGAGCGCAAUUCAAAAAAGUUAUGGUGUAGAGAGCAUUUAUCACCUGUUGGGUUUUAUGUUGCCAGAUACGCUCGAAGGUUGAUGGUAUUAAGCAGCGUAACGUAGUAAGCCAUGUUCUUGGUAUAGUUGCCUGCCGCACUGCGUGUGGUAGUGGCAGAGACGAAAAAAAGAAAAGUAUGAAACACGUCCUGUAGACCAAACUUUUUCUUUCAUUACAGCUAUUUUGCUUACAGUCUGUUCUUUUUUCUUUCUAUCUUUCAUUCAUUCUUUCUCUCUCUCUCUUUCUUUCUUUCUUUCUUUCUUUCUUUCUUUCUUUCUUUCUCCAUUUAUCUUCUGUGUUCAACAUUUUUUCUCUGUUUUCUUGCUGUCGUGUUGUCAUAGGUCGUGUCAACACCGGGUGUCGUGAACAGCCUUGAGCAUUUAGUCAUACUUUAAUAUAGCAUACGAUGAUACAGUAGGUUUUUAAUUUUUACCAUGUGCUAUGCAAGUCUGGAUUGUACCCAGGAACGACUGCGAUCAGUUGUGCAUUUUUUUUUAUCAGUUUACAUUUUUAUACCGUUGCUCUUGACGCGAAGCACAGUGUUUGAUAUGGCUUCUUGAACGCAGUCCAAGUAUUUCAUAUGCAUCAUUUUAUGUGGGCUCUAACAUGAGGUUCUUACCUGUAGUGAGAUUCAGCAAUAAAAGACACCGAGUGGGUUCAUGUGA